AUGUUGUCUCGGCAAGUCCUCAACCGCGUGGCGAUCUCGCGGCUUUCCUCGGUCAAGGUCGACAUGAUGCCACACGGAGUCGCCUCUCUUGCUUUCAACGCGCCGCCAGUUAACACGCUGAACAAGCAGCUCCUCUCCGAUAUCAAAACAUCUGUCGAUCAAGUCGUGGCCGAUGGCGCGUCUGCUAUCGUCUUUAGCUCUGCCAAGCCAGGCGUUUUUAGCUCGGGCUUGGACAUCUUCUCGAUGUAUGGCAAAACAGACGACGAGCUUCGUGAAUUCUGGCAGCACGUCCAGGAUAUGUGGCUGUCCGUCUACAUGUGCCCCAUUCCUACUAUUGCUGCGAUCAAUGGCGCUUCUCCAGCUGGCGGCUGUCAAAUCGCCAUGUCAUGCGAUUACCGCAUCAUGGCCAAACACCCAAAAAUCGUCAUCGGCCUUAACGAGACCGCGCUCGGUAUCGUGGCCCCCACAUGGUUCGUGGAUACGAUGAUCAACACUAUCGGACAACGCGAAACGGAAUGGGCUCUCCAACUUGGCCAUCUUUAUUCUGGAGAACACGCUCUGAAAAUCGGCCUUGUGGAUGAGCUCGUCGAGCCAGACGACAUGAUGGAGCGAGUGAUUGAAAAUCUCAAGCUCUGGCUAAAAGUGCCACCGAAAGCGCGAGCGAUCACGAAGCAACUCCUGCGUCAGGAAACUGCCAAUAAACUGAUACGCAAUAAGGAACAAGACAUUGAAACCUUUGUCAAAUUGGUUUCUCAGCCGUCUGUCCAGAAAGAUCUUGGUCGAUAUAUCGAAAUGAUGAAAGCCAAAUCUAAGAAGUAG